CCAAAGUUGGGAAGGAAUUCGUGUUUAUCCGAGAAGGGUGUUUUUUUUGGAAGAGAUUUUUGGUCAGGCGCUAGAGACCGAGCCCUACGUUGAAGGGUCCUUACGAAUGUGUUUGAUAGAAUGGGCGCAUGCGGAGAGAGUAGCAGGAUCUCCUGGAUGUGUGCUGGAAACAGCAGCUUCCAAAGAUAGUUUUUCUAUGGGGAGCAGCUUCCUGCUGCUGAGCUUGGUGUGGGGCAAUGGAUCUGGCGUAUGUCUGCGAGUGGGAAAAGCGCCCCAAAAGCAACCACUGCCCCUCCAUCCCGCUGGUCUGUGCCUGGUCCUGCCGCAACCUGAUUGCCUUCACCACAGACCUCAAAAACGAGGAGGAAAAGGAUCUCACCCACAUGGUCCACAUCCUUGACACGGAGCAUCCUUGGGACGUGUACUCCAUUAAUUCUGGGCAUGUGGAAGUCAUCACCUGCUUGGAAUGGGACCAGUCAGGGUCCCGGCUUCUCUCCGCUGACGCGGACGGGCACAUCAAAUGCUGGAGCAUGAUGGAGCACCUGGCCAACAGCUGGGAGAGCGCCGUGAGCAGCGUCGUGGAGGGAGACCCCGUCGUGGCCCUCUCCUGGCUUCACAACGGGGUCAAGCUAGCGUUGCACGUGGAGAAGUCCGGAGCGUCAAACUUUGGGGAGAAGUUUUCCCGGGUCAAGUUCUCCCCGUCGCUGACCCUGUUUGGCGGGAAGCCCAUGGAGGGCUGGAUCGCGGUCACCAUCAGCGGCCUGGUCACCGUCUCGCUCCUCAAACCCAACGGGCAGGUGUUAACCUCCACAGAGAGCCUCUGCCGACUCCGGUGCCGGGUGGCCCUGGCCGACAUCGCCUUCACCGGCGGGGGCAACAUCGUGGUGGCCACCUCGGACGGCAGCAGUGCCUCCCCGGUCCAGUUCUACAAGGUCUGUGUCAGCGUGGUGAACGAGAAGUGUAAGAUUGACACGGAGAUCCUGCCCUCGCUCUUCAUGCGCUGCACCACCGACCCGGCCCGGAAGGACAAGUAUCCUGCCAUCACCCACUUGAAAUUCCUCGCCCGGGACAUGUCUGAGCAGAUGUUGCUAUGCGCCUCCAAUCAGAACAGCAGCAUCGUGGAAUGCUGGUCAUUGCGGAAAGAGGGGCUCCCCGUCAACAACAUCUUCCAACAGAUUUCCCCCACAGUUGGAGAUAAGCCGCCCAUGAUUCUGAAGUGGCGGAUCCUCUCGGCCACCAACGACCUGGACCGGGUGUCGGCCGUGGCGCUGCCCAAGCUGCCCAUCUCUUUGACCAGCACGGACCUGAAAGUGGCCAACGACACGAAGUUCUACCCUGGCUUGGGCCUUGCUCUUGCUUUCCACGACGGCAGUGUUCACAUCAUCCACCGCCUCUCAUUGCAGACCAUGGCGGUGUUCUAUGGCUCGACUUCCCAGCGCCCGAUGGACGAGCAGGCCAUUAAGAGGCAGCGAGCGGCUGGCCCCCUGGUCCAUUUCAAAGCCAUGCAGAUGUCCUGGACGUCCUUGGCCCUGAUCGGGGUGGACAGCCACGGCAAGCUCAGCAUGCUCCGGAUCUCCCCCUCCAUGGGCCACGUCCUGGAUAUGAACAUGUCUCUCCGCCACCUGCUCUUCCUGCUGGAGUACUGUAUGGUGACUGGAUACGACUGGUGGGACAUCCUCCUCCAUGUGCAGCCUGGCAUGGUGCAGAACCUGGUGGAGAAGCUGCACGAGGAAUACAUGCGCCAGAAUGCAGCUUUGCAGCAGGUUCUGUCCACACGCAUCAUCGCCAUGAAAGCGUCGCUCUGCAAGCUCUCUUCCAGCACAGUGGCUCGAGUGUGCGACUACCACGCCAAGCUUUUCCUGAUCGCCAUCAGCUGCACCCUGAAAUCGCUUCUCCGGCCCCCUGUCCUAAACACACCCGACAAGAGCCCUGGCGACCGACUUACCGAAAUCUGCUCCAAGAUCACCGACAUCGAUAUUGACAAGGUUAUGAUUAACCUGAAGACGGAGGAGUUUGUUCUGGAGAUGACUACCCUGCAGUCUCUCCAGCAGCUCAUCCAGUGGGUUGGCGACUUUGUGCUCUACCUGCUCGCCAGCCUCCCCAACCAGGGGUCCGGCCCGGUCCGCCCAGGACACAGCUUCCUCCGUGACGGGGCCUCCCUGGGCAUGCUCCGUGAGCUGAUGGUGGUGAUCCGAAUCUGGGGGCUCCUGAAGCCCAGCUGCCUGCCCAUCUACACGGCCACUUCGGACACCCAGGACAGCAUGUCUCUCCUCUUCCGCCUCCUGACCAAGCUGUGGCUGUCUUGUCGUGAUGAGGGGCACCCCAGCGAGCCCGAUGACACCUUGAUCGACGAGUGUUGCCUGCUGCCCAGCCAACUGCUGAUCCCCAACGUGGACUGGCUGCCUGUCAACGAUGCCAUCAUCAGCAAGCUGCAGAACAAGCAGCCGGUCAGGCUCCAGUUCGGGAAGCCCCCUGGGCUCAUCGGACACACCACUUCCUUACAGUUCGACGCCUUCGCCAGGGCACCCGGGCAGCCAAAGAUCGACCACCUCCGGCGCCUGCACCUUGGGGUCUUCCCCACGGAGGAAUGCAAGUCCUGUACCAGGUGCGGCUGCGUCACGAUGCUGCGGUCCCCCAACAAGGCCACGGCCGUGAAGCAGUGGGAGCAGAGGUGGAUCAAGAACUGCCUCUGCGGCGGCCUGUGGCGCAGGAUGCCUCUCAGCUAUUCGUGACGGCGCCCCCUGCAGGGAAGGAGGAACAACAACGCCGGAACGUUGCCCGGAGCCGUUCAGGGGAACCGUGUGACCUUCUGCAUUCCUCGGGGAGGCUGCGGGAAACUUUCUGCUUUCCCCUCAGAAUCUGGAUAUCCGGACGGACACUUGGU